AUGAACGGAGACGCGGAUAAAGAAGACGAGCCCAACAGUUCUGUUGAAGUGAAGCCUUCGGAACUGGAGGACACGCUGCUGAAAACAAAAUCGCGAUCUGGAAUGAUUGUGACCGUGCAGACCGAAGGAGACAGCGGUGAAACCAAUGAUAAAGACUCGGAUAGCGAUCAGCCGAUUGAUUGGUCCAUGAAUGACUUUGACGCGACAAACCGUUCUUGGUCAAGGGAAAUAUUGGAUUCAGUGAAUACGAUACGGUUCAAUGUGGGGAUGCUUGUGAACAAUAGUCGUGUACAAGUCCUGAUCGUCGUCCUAAUUGUGGUCAAUGCGAUCAUGAUGGGAAUUGCGACGUAUGAUAUUGUCAAGAAGAAUCCAGAAGUGGACAGAAUUUUUGAAAUGGUGGAUGAAAUCUUUUUGAUUAUUUUCACGGUGGAACUUUGCCUUCAGUUUAUCUACCUCGGUUGGAGAUUGCCGCUUGAUGGCUGGUUACUCUUCGAUCUGAUUAUCAUCAUAACAAGUUGGUCCUUCGCUUCGGUUCAAAUCAUUCGGGCAUUUCGGAUCUUCCGUGCCCUGCGGCUGGUUACGCGAAUCAAGAUUAUGAAGAAUCUUCUUUUGGCUCUAUUCAGUGUAAUGCCAAGAAUGGCAGCGAUUGGUCUGAUGUUGUGUCUGAUUCUUUACAUCUUUGCGGUCAUGUGCACGCAGUUGUUCAAGGAUCUACAUGUAGACGGCCAUACAGAAUUUGAUUAUUUUGGGAACAUGUUCGCGACGUUGUUAACUCUCUUUCAGAUGAUGACUUUAGAUGGGUGGGGUGGGAUAUGCCGAGAAGUGAUGGCCGUUCAUUAUUGGGCAUGGAUUCCCAUCAUUGCAUAUGUCAUUAUUUCUGGAUUUGUUGUUGUGAACUUGAUUAUUGCCGUUAUUUGUGACGCCAUUUCUGCAUUGGGUUCGGACGAGAAAGCAAAACUGGAAGGAAACUACGAUGAGGAUUCGGACUUGGAUAGCAACUCGCAAGGAUUAGAGAUUCGAGCACAACUGGACUCGUUGGAACAACAAAUGGAGGACUUGACACGGAUUCAAUCUCGUUCCUUCCAUGCCUUGCAGUAUCUGACGCAACAGAUAGAAGCUCGCAAAAAUUUCGAUGCAGAAAUGAAGAAUGACCUUUAA